GCUUGUGUUAUGUUACCAAAGACUCGUAUCAGAUUACUGUCGAGAUCAGGUUAGGUGAAACCAUAGCUGUGUACAUAUCGCUGUGGCUCGAACAAACCAGGAACUGGGACUAACAAAGAAGUUUUAAGGAAGCUAAAGGAGCUAACAGACUGAUUCCUUUUGGUUUAAGAAGAGUGUUACCAUGGGUAAGAAGACACAAAGCUGCGUGCUUCUUUUGCUGUGUUUGUCAGGGCUUGUUCACUGUUCAGCUGCCUUUGUGCUGUGGACAGCCAUAGUGGAAAUCAGCUAUGAGCGCAACAAUGAGACUGUGGACAAAUAUUGUGAGUGUGGGGUGUUUGGUCGUGAAGCUUCACUGAUGAAAGCCGAAGGCAUUGUUACACUGCCAAAGGGGGACCCCAGAGGCUGUGGCCCCGAUCCUGGCUACAACCGAAAUUCAAGCUCACCACCCUGGAUAGCCCUGGUUAAAAGGGGCAACUGUACGUUCAGUGAGAAGAUCAAUGCUGCCAAAGGAGCAGCUGGUGUGGUGAUUUAUAAUGUGGAUGGCAGCGGCAACAGCACCACUCCUAUGGUACACUCAGACGCACCCAAUAUUGUGGCUAUUAUGAUUGGCAACAUUCUGGGCAAGGAGCUUGCCAAGUUGGUGAAAAAUGGCACAGACGUUGUGAUGUUUAUUGAAGUAGGCAGCCCUCAUGGGCCCUGGACGGACACCUACUGGCUUUACUUUCUGUCCAUCGCCUUCUUCAUUGUGACAGCAGCCUCGAUCGCCUACUUUGUGUUUAUCUCAGCGAAUCGUCUCUACAAUCUGGGCAUGCAUAGGCGCAAUGAGAAGAAGCUGAAAUCGGAGGCUAAGAGAGCGAUUAGACGUCUACAAGUACGCACACUCAAGAGAGGCGAUGAGGAAACUAAUUUUGACACCCAUAUGUGUGCUGUGUGUAUUGACGCCUACAAGGCAGGUGACGUGGUGACAGUUCUAACAUGUGACCACAUUUUUCAUAAAGCCUGCAUUGAGCCCUGGCUGCUGGAGAAGAGAACCUGCCCCAUGUGUAAGUGUGACAUCCUGAGUGCUCUGGGGGUCGAGGAAGAGGUAAAAGAGAGCAUUCCUGUUGAAUCACCACCAGAGGUCACUGUGAUCACAGUGGCAGGAGGAGAAACCAUGUACGAAGUCCCCCUGAGUGACCCGGGGAGCUCAGGCCCAGAGAGACAGCAGCAUCGCUAUGACAACAGGGCCUUUGAGGGAGACUCAGAGGCUGCAAGAGGAUGAACAACAACACUGGAAACUAAACAGCAACUAACAAGGACACAGUCAAAUUCUCUUUUUGAAUUAGAUAUUUUUCUGGGAUGCAUUUAGCCGGCCCAAUGCAAUCAGACUCUAUUUUUCCAACAGAAAUAAUGCUCAUCUUAUAAUGCACACAUGUUAAAAUAGAUCUGAAAAAGAAAAAUCAAGAAUUUGAAAAGCUAAUGAACUUGCAAUUAGCAUCAGUGCUACUGCAUGUUCUUAGUGUCUCUUAGUGCAAGUGUGUAAUUUGUGGCUGUGUUCAUGAUGUUACUAUUAGAGGGUUAAAAUGGAAUCUAAGAACUGCGAGGCCCGUGUCAAAUUUCUGUUUUGCAUUGCAUAGUGAACACACCAGGGUGACACUAGUUAGGGGGCAAGGGCAACAGAGCAUUUAAAUAUCUGUUUGAAACCAAGGCCAAAUUUCCUCCAACAAACAAACUUGUUAGCUUGCAUUGUUCAGUCCUUCACAGUUAACACUGUCUUUUAAAUUGGCAAUGCAAUAAAUGUCAUAGAAACUAUAGACGAUGUGCUUCCAUAAAUGCUAUCUUGACUGUUAGCUUGGGGAAAUGAUUGUUGUCAAUCAACUAUGAAGUUCAGUCUGUUAAUAUAAAGGCAAUGUAUAAUAUAUUUAUAGUCAUUUUCCUUCUCCAAACAACUGAUUUUCAUGUAUAUGCACAAAUUAAUAUCCUUCGACAGGUCUUCCAGGUUUUUCCUUCAAAUUAUUUUAAAUGUUUAUUCAGUCCCUGUGUUCUACCUCUGAAUUGUCACACGGGUAAAUGUUGGUAGAUUUUUAAGAGUAAGUGUGUCCCUUGGUAAAUGAUAACAAUAAAGAAUUAUUUAAUUUUUUAGUUUUCUGGUGGAUGCUGAUUGUGGGGCCUAAUAUAUUUUCUAUAUUGAAUCUGUUUCACUGCUGUUUUACAGAUUCUAGGAGUCUUAAAUUGUUCUGUAAAAAUAAAUAUUACUUGCUGUUUUAAAUCACAUUGAUGCUAUUAAGAAUACAAUAAAUCCCUCAAAAUGAGGCCAAUUUUA